ACAGUCAAAAAACAUGGGGCAAACUUAGCAAGAAAGACCUAGAAAAUGUAUUAAACUUGUAUAAGACAGUACAUACCAAAGGAUAUUAUCCAAUUCUCGAUUUUUGGACUGGUGUUGCAGAAAUACAUUAUAACGGACCUAAAAAUAAUGAUCAAUCUCUUAUUAAAAAUGUUCAAGUUUUGAUUAAUUCGUGUGAAGACCUAAACAAUUUGAAAAGUGUUGUGAAAUAUGUCUCAAACCUUUCAGAACAACAAAUUAAGAAAAUCAUUUUGAAGAAUGAAAUAAGUAGAAAAUUUAAUAUUAUAAAUAAUUAUUCAAAGAUUAAGUCACAAAGUGGUCUUCCUUUAUGGUUUUCUAAAGGGUUAGAGAAGCUAAAAGAUUAUGAAGAUGAAUUGAUUAAUGUCUCCAUUAUGAAUCCCAUUUUUUGUAACAUUAUAGAUAUAAAAUACGAUAAUAUUUAUCUCGGAGUAACAAAUGCACUAUCUAAAUUUAAGAUGAAUUCUAAAAGUAUUCCACUCAUUGAAAUUAAUAAAUUUCAAGAGAAAGAAUGCAGAUUGUAUUGUGAUAUCUUAAAACUUUGGUUUAGAGAGUGGGUUAAUCCGACGCCUGUAAUGUCUGAAUCGUAUUAUGUGGGGAUUUAUAUUUAUCAACCACUUCAAAUAAUUUUACAUGAUUUACUAUAUUCACGAUUUCAUCUCUUUGGUCCUGAACAUGAAACUAAAUGUUCUUUUGAAAGAAGAAGUUGGCAUCACUACUGGCCUGCAUGGGCUUAUCUACAACUAGAAAAAUUCAGAAAUUUCCAAAAUACUCAACGACUUAUCAGACAAUCUGCUGCUGAUGAAACUCACCGUCCACCUAUAGCUAUUGAAAUUAUUGAACGCAGUACCUAUACUGACGGUUGGCGCUACAACGAGACAAAAACAUCACCCAUACCAUGUUCAUUUGUACAGGCGAUG